AUGGGAGUGAUGAUAAUGCAACAGGACCCCUUCUUUUCGUCGUCAGAGUUUCGGCGCCAGGCUUUUCAUCGGUGGUCGCAAUCUGUAAUUUUACUUUUCUCUUCCUUUGCUGCUACUCGACUCAGCGACAUGGAUGGGUGGUUGGAGUUGGAGGAAGAGUCGAUGCUUGCGACAACGGCUCCGUCGCCAGAUUUACGAAAUGGGAGGGACGUCAAGGCAAACAGAGAUGAAAAUUGGAGAGUAGUUGGCGGUGACUACGGGUUGCACUGA